UUCAACGAAAUUAUAUUGUUGAUUGAAAAUGAAAAUAAAUAUUUUCUCGAAAAUCAUUUUCCAUUGUUAAGAAAAAAAUAAAAAGGUUUUAUUCAACAAGUUUUUCAUUGUCAUUGCCAAGAUGUAUCUUCAUCAAUCAAAUAAAGUCUCAAUUUAUAAAUUCUACAGGGCUAUAGAUAAGACUCAAUGAAUAUGCCAUUAAAUAUAUUUCAUUUUCAAUUUAGUAUACCAAAGAAUCGAGGUUCAUUAAAUGUCUUUUCAGUGGAAAGUUUUAUUUGACAAUAAACAUGAAUAUACGAUCCAUAUUCUUUUGCUUGCAAAAUGAGAUUUCAUCAACUAAUACUGACGGUGAUUUGGACAACAAGAAAACAUUGAGCAAGAAAAAUGGAAAUCAAACGUUUCAAGUACUUCUCACUAUCAAUGCCUCCCUAACAAUGGUUGGACUUGGAGCGUCUGAUUCAUGGACAUCACCUGCACUACCACAUCUACUAAGUAAUGAAUCAGAAUUGCAAUUAUCACCAAAAGAAGCACCAUGGAUAGCGUCAUUGCUUCACAUCGGUGCGAUUAUUGGUUAUCUCAUCUAUCCUUAUUUAAUCGACACCAUGGGUCGAAAGAAGACAUUACUAUUAUUUUUUCUACCACAAAUUACAUCAUGGAUAUUGACAAUAUACGCAAAAAAUGUCUACACUCUCUAUGUUGCACGUACAAUUGCCGGUAUUGGUUAUUGCGGUGGAUUUGCCGUUGUAUCAGUUUACAUUAGUGAAAUUAGUGCAAAAAGUGUACGAGGCAUUUGUAUGUUUGUGUCAAAAAUCAGUUAUGAAAUUGGAGGUUUAAUUGUCGUUUCAAUUGGUGCAUUUUUUACCUAUGAAGAAAUGAAUGUAUCAAUGCUUGCUCUUCCACUAUUAUUUUUUGUCACCUUUAUAUUCAUGCCCGAGACACCGCAUUAUUUUCUAAAGCGUGGAAAUAACGAGAAAGCCAUUGAAAGUUUAUUAAUGUUACGCGGUAAGAAAAAUCAUAAAAUCGUCGAAUUUGAAAUUAACAGUGUGAGAAGUGCGAUGUUGCAGGAGGAGAGUGAUGAGAAUAUUUUUAAAACAUUUCUCGCUGAUAAACGUUAUCGCAAGGCACUUUUAAUAGUAUUCGUGGCGAAUGUAACGAAAGGACUUUCGGGAUCUUAUGCAAUUGGUAAUUAUUCACAGCAAAUUUUCAGUUACAGUGAAUUCACCCUUAAAGCAGAAUACGCGACAAUUAUUGUUGUUGCAUUGAAAAUAAUUGCUGGCAUUAUUGGCUCACAAUUAAUUGAGAAGGUUGGUAGGAGGGUAUUGUAUUUUUAUUCCGGUAUUUUAGGUGGAUUAUCCUUGAUAAUGGUGGGUUUUUUUUUCUUUAUUAAAUUCUAUUUGAAAAUGGAUAAUCUCACGGCAAUUAGUUGGCUUCCAUUAUUUGGAUUGACUUGCUUUCAAGUGGCUUCUGCUGCCAGUUUAAAUCCAAUACCAAUUCUACUUACAGUCGAAUUAUUUCCAACGAAAAUUCGUAGUCUCGCAUCGGCGGUGGCAUUUAUAUCAUUUGAGAGUUUUGUCUUUUUAAUUACAUUCGCCUUUGAUCCAGUCAAUCAGAUUGUUGGCAUUUAUACGACUUUUUGGAUCUAUGCAUUCUGCUGUAUGGGUGGCACUUUCAUUGUUUACCGCAUCACACCUGAAACAAAAGGCAAAAGUUUAGAGGAAAUUCAGGAUUUGUUAAAGUAAACCUUUUUUUGAGUAAUUUUUGGAAAUUUUGUUUCAUUCUAAUACCAUUCUAAUCAAACCAUUUCCGAGUGUAAUUCGACUGGAUUUUUGAGAGAUCUAUUUUGUAAAGUGAUUUACUUGAUAUGAGAAACUCUCGAAUUCGUCAUAUGAGAAAUUUUUUUUCUCUUUUGCUCUCUUAGACUACUAAUAAAAUCCAAACGACUGACAGAAUGUAUUAUAUAAUACAAAUUAGUAUUAAAUUAAGUAAUAUUAGUAAUUAAGUAAUUUUUUAUUAAGUAAUUUUUAGUUAAAUUUUAAUAAUAAAAUUAUAUAAACAUUUAUUAAGGAGGUUGCUAACAGGUAUGCAGACCUUCAGAAAAAACAUUGAAUUGACAUUAAAGAAUUUUUUAAUAUUAUUGUUAUUCGUAUCUUCUGGAAGAACAAAUAUCAAUUUUCAAGAAAAAAAUAUGAAACCUACAACAAUUGUUUACAUGGUCAAAAACGCGAAGCAUGUAACGUAAGAGUCUUUUUGUUUUGUCCAUAACUUUUAAAUAACAAGGAAUUAAUAAAUUUGUAUGUAUGCAUCUUAAAAUAUAUUUGUUUUUAACAAUAUUGCAUUGGAACAUAAAAUUUUUUGUAUUUAUCAUUUAAAAGUUAUGAACGUUUUAAAAACACUGUUACGUUACAAAAGUUUCGUUUUUUGCGAUUUUGACCAUAUAGACAUUUUGCAUAUACCUAUGAUCAAAGUUUUCUUCAUAUCAAAAGGUUAAACUCUUUCAAAACUGAUUCGAUUUAAAUCA